CACGAAAUACGAAUUGGCAGCUGUUGAGUCGUGCACUUGUGCGGCUCGUGAGUUGAGAUACGAACGGUUUUAUACAUCUUUUGCUGACGAAACAGUCUUCUAAUUUGAAAAUGACAGGGUUUACAGAAAGUGCACUUGUGAAAAGAUUAAUGGACUUAAAUCCCUCUCAACAAAGCAUUCAAACACUUUCUCUUUGGUUAAUUCAUCACAGAAAACAUCAUCCAACCAUCGUGAAAGUCUGGUUUAAAGAGAUGUGUAAAGUGAAAGAUAAUCGUAAACUGAUGUUUAUGUAUCUGGCAAAUGAUGUUAUUCAAAAUAGUAAGAAAAAAGGACCUGAAUUUGGAAAAGAAUUUGAAACAGUUUUACCAAAAGCUUUUGAACACAUGAAAGGAUUUGAUGAAAAGACAAGAGAGAGGUUAAAUAGACUGCUUCAAAUUUGGGAAGAAAGAGGUGUUUAUGACAAAGCACAAAUUGCAGAGUUUAAAACUGCUUUUACAGAUACUUCAAAGGAUUCAGGAACACCACCUCCAAAAAAGAAAUUUAAGAAUGACAUAGAAAAAGUAAAGAAAGAUAAAAAGGAGAGAAAGAAAUCAGAGACUGAGGUUGAAGUGGAUGGAACCAAAGAGCUACACGUAACGUUAAGUCCUCGUACUCCUGCUGGAGAUCCACCAGAAACAGAGGAACUCAUCAAAGCCUUAAUGGAUUUGGAAAACACAGCAUCUUCAGAUGCUGGUGUUAGAGAACGUAUUGCAUCUUUGCCACCUGAAGUUUCUGAAGUUUCACUUCUUGCAAAUUUAGCUGACAGAACAGCUGCAGAUCAAUUAAGUGUUGCGGUAAAUGAAGCUGCUGCAUUGUUAGCAGAUUAUAAUGGGCGAUUACAGGCAGAAAUGGAAGACAGAAGAAGAUUAUUAACUAUGCUUAGAGAUUACACUUUGGCACAAAGGCAAUUACUUCAACAAGCACAAGCAACUUUAGAAGACUAUAAAGAAAAACUCAAAAAAGUAUGUGCUGUCCGAUCUGAAGUAAAGUCACAUAUUUCCAAUUUGCCUGAUUUGACACAAUUACCUGAUGUUACGGGAGGAUUAGCACCACUUCCUUCAGCUGGUGAUUUGUUUUCUAUGCACUAGCACGUGAGUUUAGAAAGCACGAUCAAUGAAUUAUUUUUGAGUUCCACGCAUAAAUGAAUGCAACCAUGCUAUGUUAGCUUGGUUUUUGUGAUGAGAUAUAUCUUAUACUAUAACUUUCUACUUUUCAAUAUUUAAUUAUUAAAUAUUGAUCCUCGCAUGUAAUUACAAACUAUGAAAUGAAAA